AUGAGCUCUCUGAAUGAGCCGCCUGUUCUUGGAGCUGGUCAGCCGCUCGGAACUCGUGCUAAGGGAUGGCUCUUCGCUGCGGCCAUGUUGCUCUCGGCCUUUUUCGGUUUGUUCCAUGGCUUCCAGGCUUUUUCCGCCGAAUAGAAAACUUCAGGAGUCUUGUACAUAGUCACUCCGGUCGUCGUCCUUCUCUUCGUUCGCCCCCGUCUGUGGCGGAAAAUGCUCGAUCGACUCGUGGGGAUCUGGGUCGUCAUGCCGGGAGCUUUGUGCCACUACAUCUUCGGAGCCAACAUCCGAAUCAAGGGCGACUUCAUCAAUCAUGAAGAACCCUCAUUGAUCAUCAUGAAUCAUCGAACCAGACUCGAUUGGCUCUUCUUCUGGAACGCACUCUACAAAAUGGAUCCGUGGCUGUGCACAACCGAAAAGAUCUCUCUCAAAGGAAUGCUGAAAUACGUGCCAGGCGCCGGAUGGGCUAUGCAAGCCGCUUCCUACAUCUUCCUCGACCGUUCCUUCGACAGCGAUAAAACGAAAUUGGACAAUAUUCUCAACUAUUUCGCAGCAACCGAGUACAAAUAUCAGUUGUUGCUGUUCCCGGAAGGAACGGACAAGUGCCCAAAGGCCACGGAAAGAAGUCGCGUGCAUGCCGAGAAGAAGGGGCUCGUUCACUAUCAAUACGUCCUCCAUCCGAGAGUCACUGGAUUCGUGCACAUUGUACAGACUAUGCGGAGAGCCAACAAUAUCAAGUACAUUCACGACGUGACCGUAGGCUUCGGCGACGCCAUCGUUCAGUCUGAAAUUGAUAUUGCCGCUCACGGAGUCUGUCCCAAGGAGAUCUACUAUCAGGUACCGAAUAUUCGAGAAGGACAAUGACAUUGAUAAAUAACUUUUCCAGGUCGUCAAGUAUCCCAUCGAAUCGAUUCCGCAGAGCGACGAAGCGCUAGGAGCGUGGCUGGUAGAACUCUGGAGAAGAAAAGAAGAGAAGCUCAGAAGAUUCUACGAAAUGCCGCGUAACGUGAGACAGUUUGACGACACUCCGGACGGCGUCGAAUACGAACUCGACAACAACACUGAAAUGGCGCAGAAGUGGCUCAUCGGAUUCUGGUGCUUCACCACUGUUUUUUGGAUGUUCAUGUUCUUUGAGGUACCUUAACUGUGCCAGUUUCCAAAAGCAAUUCCCGAUUUCAGAGCCCGAUAAUGUUCUGGUGGGCAGUUCUCGCCUGCAUCUUCUACGCGGCCGUUCACAAGUUCUAUGGAGGGCUCGAGUUUCUCGCCAUCGACAGAUUCAACAGCGCUCGUCAGUACGGCGUCGUCGGGCAGGAACCACAGACUUUAGACACUUGA